AUGUCAUCAUAUUUUGACAUUCUUCGUGGCGAGAAGGCCAAGAAAGUUCGUUUCUUUAAUGUUUUGAGUGGUUACCUGAACUCCGAGAACAUAUGUUUUGAUCUCCAAUACCGGUGUAAUCACAUCGUGAAGGAGAAGGACUGGAUUGGAGUGUUCCCCGCCGGAUUCCGGAAGCCCAAUCUCGACUUUGCGGCUAUAAAAAUGGCGCCGCCGCAGAAAUCGGGGAAGAAAAGUAAAAGUUACAGCGAAAUGCACAAGAUUGUAUUCAAGAGCGCCGAAUGUAAGGUAAGUGGAGGUGUAAAUCGGGUAAUUGGAGGGCUAAAUUCAAUUCCCACGGCCUAAUUUUUGGGUGGGAAGGCGCUUACAAUACUAUGUAUUUAGGGUCUCAGAUAGACUAAAAAUUUUUGUUUUGGCAAUCCAGGAACAACUUUUUAUAUUACACAUUCUGAUGCAAGUCGACUGUGAACUUUAAGUUUUCUACCUCCAGAAGAGGGUCGAUUACAUUAUUCAUGAGCCCACCCUUCCCUCGGCCCUUUUCCAAUUAAAUUCUUCUUAUCUUUUGUUUUGGACAUCUUCUAUUUAUGGCCAACUUUUACUUGCGUGAGGUCUGAGGGAUUAUCUCUGAACAUGCGACUAGAAGUUGAGGUAGGGAUGUGGCUCCGGACGGCUUUGUGGGAGCUUUUGAUGUCUACAUAAAGUUAUCACCCUAUUUUAGACAUCUGAAAGAAUUGUGAACGCGAAUGAAAGGGCUAUGCACAAGGUUGGGGCUCUUACAGAAUUUUCAAAUUUAGAUUCCGGAUUGGCCUGUUCAUAAAUGCUUACAAAUAAAAAAUUAUUACUGAUAAUUUAUGCUAUAGUUUUCGGUGGCCAACAAGAAAAUCAAUUAUAAUUUUUGGCGAGAGACUAUAGAAAACGAGGAGAGACAAUCAAAGAAAAGAUGCUUUUUCAGUGAAACGUGAUUUUUGUGCUACAAAAUGAUUUUUAUGAAAUUCCACUUACUUUAGAGAAUGAAUUUCCUAGCCACCCCAUGCACGAUACUAUGAAGCGAUCCAUAGUAUCGUUGACUCGAACAAUCGCUGACUCGAAAAGUCGUAGCGUCAAAUUUUUUGAAUGCUUUUGCCCUACAAAUGUUUGCGGUUAUUGUAAGUCGUGAGUAAACACCUCAUUAUCUUUUUAAACGCUAUGAUCGCACUUUUAGUCACUCUUUUAGUAUUACUUUAUCGUCUAAAAAGGUGUUUGAUGUCAUCCCAAGAAAUCGGUCAACUCUCAACCGUGUCAUAGCGACGAUCUCGCUGGGGUCUUGACUUCCUUUGGUAUCCUAGACAAUAAUUAGAUUCCUUAUGAGCAGUUUACCCCGUUUGUUUAUUGUUUUUUGCACUUUUGGGAUAAAUAAUUUCCUCCUAUCUUCCAAUUUCCCGUAUUCGAACGCCUGAGGGCAUUAGAAUUCAAACGCGAUAAGAUUUUCACAGAAAAUUUGAGUCAAGAAUCUAGUAAUUAAAAGAGAAAAUAGAAGUGUGUUUUGACAACUUCUAUGUAUUCAUAACAAGAAAGAGGAGGAGAUGAAAAUGAUAUUUCUGUUUUUCCUGAGGGGUUUCUGCAGCACAGUGCGGGGGAGAAUGGGGGAAACGGAAUAUUUGUGCGAGGAGGAUGGUCUUUCAAGUAGAUGCCUGGUUUUGUAUUGACAGUAGACAUAGUAGCUGCGAUUAGCGGCAAUUUACGGGGGGUAUUUAUCACUAUCUGGUCUUAUGAUUCUUCCAAAAUUUUUGGCAGAUUUGUAAAGCCGGGCUUGUAAAUGUCAUAAAAAUGAUUUAUGAGUAUUUUACAACUUCUUCCAAAAGAUAUUUCAAAGGGAAGGAAUGCCGUCAUGAUGCUUUACGUUGCCCAUAAGAUCUUUGUUUUGCCAUUUUGCAAUGUAUUCAAUUAUCUAAUGGCCUAUGGUCUCCAUAGUGCACUUCUACUGCGUUGAUACUGCUGAAAGAGUUCUGUCAGUUUCUUACCGCUAACAAAGUACUUUUGCUAGUCUGAAUUUCUCUGAAAGUCAUCAGAAAGUCAUCCCAGAGCAGACCGGCAGUUUUUUAUAAACCCGCGAAUCAGAAUCCCGGAGCCGACGCUAAGCGCCUCGGGGGAUCUUUUGUCGAGCGUCUUUUGUCCUAUUGUUCGGCCCUGAGGGCACUCCGCUCCUUCUUCCUCCCGAUUCCCACCAAAGGGAAGAAGGUAAUCGGAGCCGUUUUUCGCCGGCGUCGGAACCGACUUUUUCCCCGACGCCGCAGGGCAUAUUGUCUCUUUGCUGGGGAAAUUGUCGUAUUUCCGGCUGAUGGAUGCCCGCAGGCGAAGGCGUCAGAAGUUGGAAGCCCCGGAAUAGAUGUUAUUCUUGGCCGCUUAUCCUUCGGCCGUUUCGGCCGCUCCUCUGACUUAAUCUCGUUUUGGGCCGACUCUUUGUCCUAGCCAAAUCAAAUUUGUCGCUGAUUGUUUCAUCGGCUUUAUUGCACUCUUAAGGACUUACGAUUUAUGGGUGUCAUGUUUUGCGGACACGUCCUCAGGCGUCGUGUUUUUUCGAGAGGUUUCGGCGGAUGACACUCUCCGCGUUUAAUUGUUUUUCCUUAGGGCAAACGAGAGGGCGAUGAAUCUGAAAAAGAGUUCCAUUCGAGACAUGAGCCUUAUAUUAUACUUGCUACAUUACACAGAAAACUUGCCGUUUGGAUGUGCAACGUCCUGUGUUUUAUGUUAUUCUCCCCUCAGGUCUACGUAAACUCAUUAACUUGACUUGUUUGUAGCCGGAAGUCACAUCCGGCGGUUAAUUUCCAGAUAUUUGAUGCUCUUUUUUUGGCCUUUUAUUUCUCAUGGAUAAUAUAAUUUUGUCAAGAGUCCUAACGACAUUUGGUAUAACAUAGUUUUAUUAAGCAGAUUAUGACUCCCUCCCCCAAUCAAAGGCCGAGUUGUAAUCGCCUUCUCUCCAUUGCCUCAGGCCCGCAAACUUCUCAUACUUUUCCAUUUUUCGGGAAGUCGCGCGCUCUCGUUUUUGGCCACAAAUUUGGCCGAUAAAAGGGGCAUUUCUGCGGAAAUAAAACGAUUAUUAUCAUAUACACGUACAUUUUGCUCUUUCAGCUUGCUCCACGCAACUUUUAUCAGAUCGCGUACAUAAAUUCAAGCGGGAAAAGUGUCGCGACCAGUGCCAUCUUCUACAUUGAGAGUGGCCAUAUGCCGAAACAAGCAGUUAUCAUCCAAAAUCAGCCGGAACCCGGGAUUCUGAGUCAUCGUAAGUCUUAUCUUUGAGUUUUUUAGAAUGGUGACGGGAUUUUGUUGGAUGAUUAAUCCAUUUUUUAGAGGUAAAAACAAAAUCCUGCGAAAUUACAAAUUUUUGGAAAAAAUUGCAAAAAUCUAACCGAAAAGUUUUUCCUCUGUCCGUGUCUUCAUUUCUUAUCAUCGUCUGCAAAGAGAGUAUUCAGUGAAUAUCUGUGCUCUCCCGCUAAAACAAAACUUGAAUUUUCAGGGAUUUAAAUAUAGCAUUGAAGAGUUGUGCAAAUUUUUAUGAAAACUGCCCUUUCACACGUUGGGCAUCCUCUUCUGACUAUGCAAAUGUUGCGUAUUUCAAUUGUUUUUUUGUUACGGUACAUUAACUUGUAAUUAGAUCCCUAAAGUUUGGGGAAAAGAGCGGUGAAUAAUCUCAUUUGUCCUAUUCUAUGGGCCGUUACUGGGCUGCAUUUAGCAAAUGAAAUUUCUUUUCUAAUUAACUCUCCGGAAAGAGGAUUCUACAGUAAAAAGCAACAAAUUCUUUGAUCUUUCGUAUUAAACAUGGCAAGAAGAUUAUAACCUGGCCGGAAAGAACAAAUCAAGUGUUACGUCUUUGCAUUUCGAGUGUCUGGAGGUUGCUUGUGAGAGAAAUAAUUGAAUUUGUGACAGUUAACUUGGCCGGCUGACACUUCUUGCAUAAAUUGAAGUCAUAAAUCACAAGAUUGCAGACGAAUUUUUAGAGACGUUUACAAAUUGUUUUUUGGACAUUAAUUUUGCAACAAAUUAUAUUUGUUCAGACCAAUUUCUUAGUACUCGACCUUUAUUUUUCACCAAUACUUUAACUCUCAAGUAAAAGCAACAUUCAUUAAGCUUGCGAUUCAUUGAUCUCAAAUUCCCCGAACACCAAUGAUAUGUCACCGUAUCAAGUUUUUUGUGACAUUUCGUCCACAUUUGUGACGGAUCUCCAAUUUCAGUGCUCUGCUCCACGAAUUCGGCGUCAUGGACGGAGAACACGGCCUCGAUGGCGUUGUCCGACGAUUCGGGAAUGGAAGAUGAGAAUCUGAGUAGUGAGAGUCGAAAUUGGAGCCAAGAACAUGAGGAUGAUGAGGAGGGGGACCAGUUCGACGAGAACAGCCAAUUACUGCCGCUCACUGGGGAUCAGGUAGGAAACGCAUUUGUGUUAAGCAAGGGCUUUGUGGAAUAGUGCCUGCCUUCGAAAUAAAAAGUUAUAAAUAUUUAAAGUUUUCGCUUUGAGACCCGAAUUUGGAUAGAAUCUAAAGAAUGCGUCAUCAAAAAGUAUGAUAAAUAUUUCUUUUACGAUGUUUUUUGAUUUUGGAUUGAUUUUAACUAUGAAAAAGGUUAUUUAUAAAAAUGAAGUUUUACGGAUGAUAUGAUGACAUGGUCUCAUCUUCAAAUUACUUCCAAACUCUUUCCCCUAAUACCCACUAAUGUCGUCGAUGACAUCAGUGCCAUUACCCUUCUCUUCCACUUUUUGAGUGGCCAUAAAGCCCAAAAAUAGGCCUCGAAUUGUUUUCAAAUUAAUUUUUCCUUUUUUUAUUCGAAUUUAUGGUUUUACCCGAAAAGGAAAUAAUAAAUUUUGGUCUUCUUGCCAUGCUUUCCAUCUUGUUUUACUGUCUAGAUUUGGGUUUUCAAAAGUCUCGUUUAUAUAGUAUUUUCGUGCUCUUCCAACUUUGCCAUAUCGAAUGUCUAUGAUUUCGGCGUCAUCGUAAUCGUAUUAGAGAGUAUGGUGAGGUGUUACGUAACUCGAUUAGACACGAUGAGUGAGGUCAUAAUGUGCUUAUGUUAUUGUAAGCAGCAGAGGGAAGGGCUUCAUUCUUUGGGUUGUUUUCCAGGGCUAUUGUUUAAUUUUAAAAUAUUUUACAGUUUUCCCGCAAAGAAGUAAUCUGUUCCUCAAUUUUUGAUUUACAUAACACAACUAAUAGAUUCUGCUGAUUUAAAUUGAAAAUUUUUUUUAAGAGAUAGCAUUUUACUACAUACAGUCAUUAUGAUAUAACUACCGUAACAGUAGGUAUUCUUUGAACAUUAAUGCCCGUUACGUAAUUCUACGUAAUUCUACGUGAUUCCGGGCUCAAAAAAAGAUAAUUAGCGUUAUUGAAAAGGGAUGCCCGCAGGGAUUUUGAGGUUAGAUGAACAUUUUUCCUUUUUUAUACAAAUUUACAGCGGAAUUUAUAUGGAGAAUCACGCGACAUUUGAAGAGUAAUAUUCGAAAGUAUUUGUAUGUUGUUUUGGGCUGAAUGUAAUUAUUUUUUUGUAAUAGUGCAUGUUGAGGAGUCAUUUUGUGUUUAUACUCGGAGUUUGGACUGCGUUUUCAGCAAUUUUUAUUUUAAAAAAGGUUGUAAACUUUUGGUGUUACAGUUGUUUGUAUCUUUGUUUUUCUCGAGUAACUUCUUGAGCGGUGGCUCAAAUUUAGAAUGGAUUGGGGCCAAAUUUAGAUAGGAAUUUUCUAUGGUUUGAUUUUUAGGCCCUGUUUCUGAAAAAAGGACAAAAAUUAAAGUCGAGACUUUCUGAAAACUCAAACGAACCUCUUGGCGAUUAUUUUGCAACGAAAGAGAAAGGUCUCUUCUUUAUCCGUCCUCCCCAUUGUUGAUGGUCUCUCGUUUGUAAUAGUUGCAGCUCAUUUUUGCGUCCUUUGCAAAGCAUAAGUUCAAUUUCUAAAUAAUCGGUCUGUCGCCUGGAUAAACCAAGAUGUCGCGUUUUGGGUAUUCUGUUCAUAAAACGAUAAAAUGACUUGUAAUCCCUCAAUUUUUCCCAAUGUCUAUCUUGUCGCAAUUUGUUUUCGUCACAAUUCCGACAUCCCGAUGUGAUCAUGCCAUAUGAUAUGUGGAAUGUUUUCUGGCGGAAGUGUCGUUAUAACGGGCUUAUCUUUAUUCCUUCGGGGCCUGUAAUUGGAUUCUCAAAUUCUGUGGAACUGAAAUCAAACUUUUUUGGAACGCAUUAAAUAAAUUCGGGAACGGGGAUCGGCUCCAUUCCAAACCCUUACGCAUCCCAGGCCCUCAGGCAUUCUUGUUUUCCCUUUGUCUUUUCCAGAAUUAGAUGUCAAACUUUGGAGGUUUAAGUGGGUUUCCUUGGAGUGUUUUGAAAGUUGAGUGAAAGGCGACAAGUGCGGGAAGAUCUCAUAGAACUAGCCAAAAAGGUUUGAACUUUGAAGGAUUAGAUUUUACUUUUUGCGGUACUCGGAAAAUAGAAGAAGUGCUCACAACGACGGUUUUCGAGGCUAUGUUCAUAAUUUCUUUUCAAAUUUAACGUUGAAGAUAUCUCUGAAUCAUAAAUUUAAUCAUAGGACCUCGUCGCAGGCGUUGUCAUAGGUACUAUAUAUUAACGACCUUUGCAGACCUGAGGAAAGAAGAUCGGAGAGGCUAUUUUUAGGCCGUAACUUUGCUAAUUCCACUCCACAAAAUUUUGUUUUUUGAUCGCCAUUCCAGAGCACUCUUCAAAAGGAAAGUCUGGAGAUGUUUUGAAGUCUUUAGCCUGGUUAAACUGAACUUCUUCUCACUUUAUACUGUGACAUUUUCCGUGUCUUGAAACCUUCAACAACCCCCUCAAAGCGUGCUUUAAAGGGCAGUAAAAAUAGUAAUUCUCUCUUGUCAAAACCAAGGAUUGCCAGGUUUUUUAAAAGUUCUGUAAGCGCCCAUUUCUGCAGCGUUGCUUGUAAAUCCAUUCCAACACAGGUGUUUAUGGCCUAGAGUACACUUGGCCAUUCCAUUGUCCCUAACGGAAACCGUGAUAUCAUGGCCAAGGGCCGGAAAGUAAUUUGCCUGAUACUGGGCAUACUAUCCUUGAUAUCUGUGCGUUCUUUAUGUUCUCCAUCCUCAAUAUUCCUGUUCUUUUGGUUCUAUUCUUCAAGUUCUCAUCUUCUGAAACCAAACUUUAAGUCCUGAUGGCCGUUUUUAGAUGUUGCAAAGGCUUAAGGCCGUCAUUCUUUCAUUGUCAGCGUUCGGCCGUUCUUUUGGUCGCGCUAAGGCUUGGUUUUGUCUCAGCAUUAUGGCCAGAGAUCGGUAAGGCCUAUUUAUGACCAUAAAGUCGAAUUCUGAACCAGGAAUCUACUUUUUUCGAAACUUUAUUCAAAUAUUUAUUCAUUUUAAAUUUGAUUUCGAACGAUAGCCUGCGGGCUUGUCUAAUAUUCCCGGCUUCAGAUCGUGUUUUGACAUCCGAAUUUUUGAUUCGAUCCCAUUGUGUGGGAUUCUGAAUUGUUUCCCGGGGAUUCCAAACUUUUGAAUAUCCAAUAAAAGGCGACGAGGGAUCCCGUUUCAUUUCUAUGGACACUUGUUUCAGGUAUUUAUGACUUCUUGUCCGUCAUUUACUCUUUUCUUUUGAGGCCCUCUCUGACGUGACUGCCACAUUGGGGUAUGGCCGACCAUAUUUUCUGCGGUCUUUUCGCCCUUUGAUGUUAUAGUAGGUGUUCUUAUAUUACAAUUGGUAUUUUUCCACAAUUGUAGGUAAUCGGUGCUAUUUCGAGUGGCCGAUCAGCGCUGUCUGGGACCCCAAAUUGUCAGAUAAUGGGUGUCCACGUCUUUCCGCGAACACUUAUGGUCGUAUCUUCCAUUUCACGGCCAAUUUGACUGCCGUUCCUCAUCGUUUUUUUGGAAUUUUUAUUUUCGUCUCCUCGAAUUCGGUCGAAAUUUGUGCCUCGAGGGGGUUUAAAAAAGGCAACCAAAACAUACGAGCUGGGGUUGGAUGGCGGCCUCUUUUUACUUCAUUACCAUGUUUGGGUCUCUGUAAUUUGGAAUAUGCAAAUUCGAGGAAAAGGAAAGAAAAUUAUAAUUCUUAGGCCAAGAGAAUCCCUUUUUGAAAAGUUCCUCGCUCAGUCUGGCUUAAACGGACCACUUCCUAACCCGGUUUGCACAGUUAUAUUCAUAACACGGAAGUCGGCUAACCUUAAAACAAUUUUCCGAAGCGGCCGUUCCUGCGGCCGCUCUCCGAUUGCAGCCAUAAUUCGAAUAAUUCUUCCAAUUUGUGGACUUUGAGCGUUCGUCGGGACAACUUGUGCCCUGAGGGUGUUUCCAAUUAAGCCAUCGGGCAUUUAAUCAAUCACCCCCUCAUUUCGCGCUUUUGUUUCGCUUAAUUAAUUGCCAUUUUGAGGUCUGGCCCAAUUGGCCGAUUUUCUCGGUAAUCCUUGUACUGACAAUUUCUUGAAAUUACAGUCCUUACAGCGGUUUUAGAAAGCUUGCUCCCUUUGAAGGGCUUCUGUUUGCGUCUUAUAUUAAUUUGGACCUCGUUGAGAUCUUUAUUUGCAUAUGUCAUGAAUGAUGCCUUAGGGAAAGUUAUUUUCGAAUUAUACUAUCUGGCAGCAUGUACCAGUAUCAUCCACCCAAUAGUAUUACUUAUUGACAGAGCUUAGUCUGCAAAGCCUUUAAUUCCGUUGUUCUUACCACAAAUGACUGCUUAGCCCUCCAUUAAUGAGUAAUUGUAUUCCAGGGCGCCUUUUCUUCUCUGACCAAAUUCUUUUCGGACCUCUGGCACUCCUCUGUAACGGCCCCACCUGAUCGUUCCUCUUCGAUGUACGAGAUCGGCGCCACUCCCUCCACUUCAAAUGGAUUCCCGGACAUGGCUCAUGAACAUUACCAGAAGUUGAUUGGCCAGUUGACACGGUCCAACGCCAAUUUGAUGCGAGAGAAUGAUUCGAUGGCCAGGAGGCUUAUGGUAAAGAGAUUUUUAGUAUUUUUUGAAAAUUAUAAUUUCAGAUUUUGAACAUGUCCAUUUAUUUUCUAAAAUUGACGGUAUUUUUUGUAUAACUGAUUAUUUUCAGCAACUCGAACAACUCCUCCGCGACCAUGUGGAGCAUCUGAACAGUGUGUAUUACACCCUCUUCAGGAACGGCUACUCCUCCCUCGAAUUCCCGGAUGGUGAGCGGGCUCUUCUUAUAUUCUUCAUCUAUGUUUCUGAAUUUCUGAUUAUCUUAUAUUUUGUAAUGUAUUUAUUUGCAGGUCAAGAAGUUCAUUUAAGUCAAUUUCGUGGUGUUCUGUUGAAUUUUGCGAAAUCAGGCCAGGCCAAGCCUCAUUUGGCGAAGAAUUCGCGGGAAAGACAGCAUCUGAGUGAGGUGAGGCUUCGAUUUCAACUCAUUUAUUUGUAUGUAGAAGACGUAUGACAAGGAAAUACUUGUCAAUUGUGUAUUUAACAGUUAUUUCUGCGUAUUUUAAGCACUUAACGUUUGCAAUUUGAGACUAAAAAUAUUGGGUUUUGAUGUUUCAACGCAAAUAUUUGCACAUUCCAGAAGACUUCCGACUUUUCCUCUGAUUCCUCAGCUUCCUCCACGUCCGUCGACCAAGAAGAAUUAAGAGCGACCAUGAUUAAAUGCAUAACCAGACCGAAGUACGAUGAUUUGGAUGAGUUUGUGAACUGGUUAAAGCAGGAUAAGGCCGAUAUUCGGAAUGCCGAAGCUCAAAGAAAGGCGCAUUCUCUGGAAGAAAGGGUCCAGGAGUCGUUGAGACUCAGAACGCCGCUUCAACGAUCCUCAAGGAUCGAUGAACUCCCUCCAUCGAGGGCUAGAAGUGACUCGGAGUUGAGGUGAGGCUAAGGCAAUAUAAUUAACGCAAAAGUUUUGGACUUUUUUAUCUUCAAGAUAAUUUUAGAGCGGCCACAAGCCUCAGUGUGUCCCCUUGUCCUCCGGCAAGUGUUCAGCCAUCCACUCCGCCUGAUCGAAGUCCCCCUCAGGUUGUAACACCUACCAGGAACUCCAUUUCGAAUGGAAAUAACAAAAAUAAGACUGCAAGAUUACGGUAAGAACUAGCAUUUAGGGUGUCAUUAUCAUUUCUUGUGAACGUCUGUUAACUGAAAGUUUCUCGAUGCAAGAGACGAUCUGGACUUUAUUUUUUAUUUUAGAACCCAAUCCCUCGGCGGAGGCAAGAUAAAUUUCCUUGGAGGUCGUCGAACUUCCUCUCAACGGACCAGCCAGGACUCAAGUAGACCCGCACCCAGGAAGAGUCUGGCCAAUCUGGCUUCCCUCAGGCUAAAUACUCAUCACAGUCCGCGACAACCCCAGAGGAAUCUCAUUUAA